CCUAAAUUAAUUUAGCUGUUAACUUGGGUUAGGUUCCGUCCAGUUGCUUGUAACUCUCCAUUCUUCUCUCCUCCUUUCUUCUCUUUCUUCCACUCUCAUCCUCUCACAAUCCCAAUCCCACCACUUGUGCGACGACAGCCCUCGAACAAGACCAGAACCCCCAAUUCUUUUCACGACCCGUUACAUCAACACCGCAAUCAUGUCCGCGAAGAAGGAGUUCACCAUGCAGGAUGUUGCUGAGCACAACACCUCCAGCGACAUCUACAUGGUUGUUCACGACAAGGUCUACGACUGCACCAAGUUCCUCGACGAGCACCCCGGUGGUGAGGAGGUCAUGCUCGACGUUGCCGGCCAGGAUGCCACCGAGGCUUUCGAGGAUGUUGGCCACAGUGACGAGGCCCGAGAGGUUCUCGACGGUCUUCUCGUCGGUGAACUCAAGCGUCUGCCUGGUGACGAGGGCCCCAAGCGCCAGAUCGCCAACUCGAACCAGGGAAGCGGCAAGUCUGAUCCCGCCGGCUCCAGCUUGAACACAUACGCCAUUGUUGUCGCCGUUGGUUUCAUCGCCUACAUUGCCUACAACUAUCUCCAGAAGCAGCAAGAGGCUCAAGGCCAAGCCUCCGCAUAAGCGCCUCAUGUCAAUCGCAUCGCAUGAAUGAGGAUAGAGAAAAAGGGUGUUCUUUGGAUUUUGCUGCGGCAUCAAUGCAGAUGUAUGUCUAAGGACCACUAUGCAUUGGGAGUUUUCUUUGGCCUGAACAGAGGUCGGUGAUAGACGGCGGGCGCACAGCUACUAAAUGCAGCUUACCCCGGCUUGGACAUGAUGAGAACAGUGGGCAGCGGCGAAUUCACUAAUGUCAAAGCCCAUGCCAUGUCCCGAUUUUCGGGAUUCU